CGGUCUUUUUAAAAAAAAAAAAAAAAAACAAAGUUAAAAAUUACAUUUUGAAAAAAGAAGUGACAAUUGUUUUGAUGGAAUCAAAAAAUAAGUUUUAAAAGAAUUGGCAAAAUAAUGGACAUAGUACAAACGUAAAUAUUUUAAUUAAUAAAGAUCUUUAAAAAAAAAAAAUAUGAUAAAGAUGUUCGGUGACACAAUUUUGCUUAGUGUUUUGGUGACAAUAAAGCUGGCUGUCAAACAGUUGGGAUAUUUUAUCCGUUCCCUUAAUCGCAGAUACAAGUUGCAUUCAAAAAUCGUGAUGAAGGUGUGGGGCGCGCACGGAGAAUUCUGUGCGCGGCACCAAUGGGAGGUGAUAGUGGCAACACUGGCGCUGCUGGCGUGCGCGGCCAGCGUCGAGCGGCACGGCGCAGGCGCACGGCCGGAGCGCUGCGCCGGCUGGGCGCAGGCCUGCCCUGGGCUCGAAGCGGAGUACCAAGCGGCAGACGCGGUUCUCAUGACAUUUGUGAGAUGCGCCGCCCUACUCUACGCUUACUAUCAAGUCUCGAAUCUGCAGAAGAUCGCGUCAAAAUACCUCCUCAUCGUAGCAGGUGUCUUUUCCACCUUCGCCAGCUUCGUCUUCACUUCAGCAUUGGCUGGGGUGUUUUUCACUGAACUGGCCAGCAUUAAGGAUGCUCCGUUUCUGUUUUUGUUGGUAGCUGAUGUGGCCAGAGGCGCACGGAUGGCUAAAGCUGGUUGGUCAGCGGGGCAAGACCAAGGCAAGAGGGUUGGAAGGGCUCUAGCAUUGUUAGGGCCGUCGGCAACCCUGGACACUUUGUUAGCAGUACUUUUAGUUGGAGUUGGCGCGCUGUCUGGUGUGCCUAGAUUGGAGCAUAUGUGUAGCUUCGCGUGUCUCGCUUUGCUGGUGGAUUACGUGGUUUUUGUGACGUUCUAUCCAGCUUGUUUGUCGCUUGUGGCAGAUUUCGCUGCAGGCAGAAAGGAUAUUAGCUCUGACAGUCCGUUUUGCGAAGCGGAUCUAAAACCCAACCCUGUUGUUCAAAGGGUGAAGAUGAUAAUGGCUGCUGGGCUGUUAUGUGUGCACUUAACCAGCAGAUGGCCCUGGAGUGCCGACAGUGGAAUCGUCGAAGGACCGAUAGACACAGCGCCAUCGUCAAACGAAAACGUAUUAUUGAACUCGUAUGUCAAAUGGUUUUCAGUUAGCGCUGAUUAUUUUGUUAUUGCGACUUUAUUGUGCGCUUUGAUCAUUAAAUUCGUGUUCUUUGAAGAGCAGAGGAACUGGAUUAUAGAUAUGAAUGAUAUGACAGUUAAGGAAGUGUUGAAAAAUGACAGCGAAGACACUAAAUCUGGACGUAAACCACUGUUCUCUGUCGGAGACGAUACGAAUUCAGAAGUCUCAACGCAAACUGAAGACUCGGUUUUCCACGAGGAAGAGUGGCCAGUGUUGUCGCCAAGUUCUUCCGCGGCAAAGAUUAACGCAAAAAAACGUCCAUUGGCCGAAUGUCUGGAAAUAUACCGAUCAGAAGAGAAAGCGGCAUCAUUAAGUGACGAAGAAGUGGUCAUGCUAGUGGAACAGUCCCAUAUACCUUUGCAUAAACUCGAAACAGUUCUCGGGGAUCCAUUGAGAGGCGUCAGAUUGCGCAGGAAAGUAGUGUCAUCUAGGUUCCAAACCGAGGAAGCCAUCAACAACCUCCCUUACUUAAACUACGAAUAUAAUAAAGUCUUGAACGCUUGCUGCGAGAAUGUAAUAGGUUAUGUUGGUAUACCAGUUGGUUACGCUGGUCCGUUAGUAGUAGAUGGUAAGGCGUAUAUGAUUCCAAUGGCGACGACUGAAGGGGCAUUAGUUGCGUCAACAAAUAGAGGUGCAAAAGCUAUAGGUCCGAAAGGAGUGACAAGCGUAGUCGAAGAUGUCGGUAUGACACGAGCACCGGCUGUGAGGCUUCCUAAUGUAGUAAGAGCCCAUGAAUGCCGUCAAUGGAUUGACAACAAACAGAAUUAUGAUCAAAUAAAAGAAGCUUUCGAUUCUACGUCGCGUUUCGCGAGACUUCAAGAAGUUCAUAUAGGAGUAGACGGAGCUAUUUUAUAUGUUAGAUUCCGAGCGACAACAGGAGACGCUAUGGGCAUGAAUAUGGUGUCGAAAGGAGCUGAAAACGCCUUGAAACUAAUCAAAAACUACUUCCCUGAUAUGGAGGUGAUCAGUCUUUCUGGAAACUAUUGUUCAGAUAAAAAAGCAGCUGCAAUAAAUUGGGUUAAAGGUCGAGGGAAGCGGGUAGUUUGCGAGACGACAAUUUCAGCUGAAAAUCUAAAAAAAAUCUUCAAAACUGACGCUAAAACUUUGGCGCGUUGUAACAAAAUCAAGAAUUUGUCCGGAUCAGCGUUGGCCGGGUCUAUUGGGGGUAACAACGCGCACGCAGCCAACAUGGUAACAGCAGUUUUCAUCGCAACAGGACAAGAUCCAGCGCAGAAUGUCACUAGCAGCAGUUGUUCUACAAAUAUGGAAUUGUGCGGCGAAAACAAGGAAGAUUUAUACGUGACUUGUACUAUGCCGUGUUUAGAAGUUGGCACGAUAGGUGGCGGUACAGUGUUGCCAGCACAAUCGGCGUGUUUGGAGAUUCUAGGAGUGAAAGGUGCUGGGGAAAUACCAGCAGAAAAUUCUGCAAGACUUGCUUCUUUGAUAUGCGCUACAGUUUUAGCCGGAGAGCUAAGUUUAAUGGCUGCAUUAGUCAAUUCUGAUCUUGUUAAAUCACACAUGCGUCAUAACAGAUCAGCUGUUAAUAUGCAACAGUCAAUCACGUAUGAAAGGAAUGCGUUAUUUCUGGAAGUGCCCACUUUAUAACGAAAGUUCGUGGUUAUUUGUUUAAAAUGUUAGUUUAGCGUGUGCGUGCAUGUGAUAUGUUGAAAAUAAUUGGACGGUAACCGGUAAUUUUAACCAGUGAUGUAAAACCUACUGUCUAGUUGAUUUAUCAGCUGUGUGAUGUGACAGUUGCGUGUGUUACAUUCCACGCAACACAGAUAAAUGCAAAAUUCGAAGUUAAGUGCUAUUUGAGAUAUCAGUAUAUGUCAAAUAAAUAAGAUCAAUUGAAUAGUGUGUGACUGUUGCUAUUUUUUUCUGAUUAACAGUUUAAACUUUAUGCCGAUCCAAAAGAAUGCAAUUUAUUUAUGUAUGUGUGUGUGUGUGAGGGAGAGAGUUAAAUAUAGUGUAUGUAUGUGAAAAAAUAUUACUAUAUUUUUGCAUGGAUGCUGCAAAAUGAAGCAAAUUGAAGCCAGGUGUACUCAAUUAGUACUUUUUCUUGACAAUGUUUUUGCAAUGUCUAGAAUUUCAAAUUAAAUCCAUAACAAAAUAUUGUUUUUUCCAAUCAUUAAGUACUUUUUUAUUUAUUCAUAUAGUAUAGUUUUUAUGUGUUAACAUCAUGGGUAAAAUCCCAUAUGUUAACACAUAAAAACUAUAUUCCUAUAUUUUCCGCGUAUUGCAAAAAAUCUUCCAAGGUCUUUCUAACGUAUAAACAAUCAUCACAUUACUUAUUAUUGAAUUGUGUUAAAAAAAUUUUUCAUAAAAUUUCAAAUAUUUUAAUGUAAAACCUUGACCACGAACGUAAUUUCCUAAAAAGUCUAUUUUAAUUUAUAUUGCUGUAAAAUUUUAAGGCACGGUGACAUUGUUUACAUAAUAGACUUAUAGGAAAAACUAACUUAUCUAUGCGUAAUGCGGGAAAAAAAUGUUGUUCUCGAUAGAAAUGUGCGAAUUUUUUUCGGCCUAAAAAAUCCUUGCUGCAUGCUGCCAAAUGACAAGAAAAUCAAUUGAACAUUGUCCUGAAAAUUUGGAUAUUAUUGGCGGGAAGCAUUAGACAUUAUAUAAGGUAAAUUAAAAUGGUAUUUUUAAUUAUGUCCUCAUUAUACAAAGCGCUUGUAAAAACGUUAAAAAUCUGGACUAAUGAGUGACACCAUAAUAUACACGAACAUUUUUACCAAUUUUGUUAAUUACCUAGCUAAUCUAGCUAUUUUCCAACUUGUCAAAUAGAAUACUUUUUCUAAUGUCAAAAACGACAUAUUGACCUUUUUUGACAGUGACAUCUUGUGAUAUCACAAUUUCAAUGUCAUAAAGCAUUCCUUUUAUAAUUUAAUCAAAACAAAAAAUUGUAAAUCGCGUUAUUUUAUUAAUAAUAAAAGAAAAGAGUACCAGACAAUAAAAACUUUUAAAAUCAAGAAGAACAAACGUUAUUGUUUAUGAUUUCUAGUAGCGAUAUUGUUCAUGUUUAGUAGGUAACUCUAUAUAUGAGUCUAUGGUUAAAUUAACUUUGCUUUUUAGACUAAGCUUAUCCUGUACUUAGACAGUUUGUCUUUAAAGAGUAGAAAAUAAAAGGUGGCGCUGUGUCUUCGUAGCUGGCAACACUUGGUGUUUAUCAACCAAUCUUGACCAUUAUAUUUAGUAUUGCAAUGGAAAAAAAUAAGUUCGUUAAAAAUCUGUUUUCUACCCUUUAUAGAUAAAACUGUAUUUGAUUUACAAUGAUUAUAAUAAAUAGUACUUUUAACAAUAACAUUUUCAUGCAAAUACUUUUUCUACACUUAAAAAUUUAUAUUUGUAUGAGAAUUUGUUAAACUGAAUAGUGGAAUAGAAGUCGUGUGUUUUUUUAGUUUUUGUAAAAUUGGUUAUGUUUUUUAAUUUAUUUUAUGAUUUAUUAUAAUAGUAAUAGUAAAUCGCAUUAUAUUUCAGUUCCCGUGUUGUCAAUGUAAAUUGUGUCUACAGAGAAUGGUUUAAAGAUCACUUUUCAAUGAACGCCAUUUUGCCGAGGGGGAGCGGCGCGGUAGAAUUGUGUUGACAUUUUAUAUUGUAGAAAUAAAGCGUGAAAUUCCAUAAAAAAUAUCGUUUUAAAUAGUAUACACGUAUUUAUUAGUUAUGUUUUGUCUAAUUUUUUCAUUGUGAAAUGAGAGAGAUAAAACCUAUUUUAAUUUUCAACCGUUAUGAAUAUGACACUUCAUUUUUAGUCUUUAAUUAUUGUUAUUACUUUUCGAAAAUGUUUAUUUUAUGCGAAUAAAGUAUUAUUUAUAUUUUAUUAGUCGUAAUUUUAUAUUCUAUUCCGAGCAAGGCUUUUCCCUUAAUCGCCUCGCACGACAUCCAUGACAGAAUAUCCACUUCUGUUCCGUUUACGAUACAAACCGGUGCAAAUGCGCCGGACAAAAAAAUGUUUAUCUAUUUUGUGUCGAUUCUCCGCGAUAGACGGGCGGAAGAAUCGUGAAAUUGUAUAGCUUGUGCCAGCGACCUCGCCCGCAUAAACUGAGAUUUUCGGAAUUGUCAUAAUUCCUAUUAAAUUAAAAAAAAAACUAUUAAAUAUCGAAUGUAUUAUGCUUAUUUGUAAAGUCUAAGUUUUUUUGAGGCGGGCGAGGUAAUAAUACAUCCCUAAAUAAUUUUCAAAAUUUAGUGAUUAGACAUAAUCGUUCUUUUGCUAUAGCAAUAUAGCUAUAUAAUCGGAACAAUCUUUUAGCUAUACAGAAAAACAUUUAAUAAUAUUACUAGAGUAUACAGAGAUUUAUGAUUUCUGAUACAUUGGCAUUAUUGUAUCUACACGCUCAGUCGACGGUACUGAACAACUUUUCGUAUGGAAGCAACCUUGAAAUCGUGACAAAAAAACAUCAGCUGAUCCAUACAUUUUCCACAAGUUCGGUAUUUAAUUUUGUAUAGAACAGCUGAUUUUUUCCCGCGAUUUCGGAGUUACUCCCAUACUAAAAGUUGUUCAGAAUCAUGGACUGAGCGUGUAGACAAAAUAUUGCCAAUGUAUAAGAAGUAUCCCUGUACAUAUACAUAUAUUUAGCAUAAUUUAUAUAAACAGUGCGUUGUAGUAUCUAGGUUUCACAACAAGUAUACAUUGUAAUAUUUUCUUUAAAUUAUUUGGACUUAGUAUGACGAACAAUUUUUAACUUAAAAUCACAUACGUGUUCUUGUUGACAAUGUGUUGUUAAAAAAAUGAAAAAUACAAAACGUGCUCAUUUAAAACACCUUUUAGUAACUUUAUGGGAAGGGCCUGUUACAUGAUAUAGUUUCAUGUUAUUAUCAUGAAAUAUAUUUAUUUAAUGGUAUUUCAUCAGAAAGUGGUGUAAGUGAAACAGCCCCUAAGAAUCUUGAAAAAAAAAUCGAUUGUUUUGCAAUCGAUAGCAUCGAUUUUUCAACACUAGUUUGAUCAAAGAUAUUAUUUAAAAUGGAAUGCAGUUGUAAUUUAACUUUGAAUUAAUAUAGACUUAAUUUUAUAGAUAAUAGAUAGAUUUUAUAUUCACACCCAUUCUAAUAUAUUUGUGACUAUAUUGCCUCAGCGCAAACGUAUAUGGUCAUAUAAAUUUCUUUUUUAUUUGCUUAUAUGUUGAUAAUGUAUAGUAUAUAUACACAUAUAUAGUAUAUAUACACAUAUAUAGUAUAUAUACACAUAUAUAGUAUAUAUACAUGUAAUGUUAUUUUAAGUGUGUAAGACAAAAUUAUUGUUAUAUGUUAUUGUCAGACGAUAAUUAUGGAAAACUACACAAAAAACGAAUAAUCGGUUAAUCUUCAUUAUUCAGAUACAAUUAGAAAUUGUAUGUUUUCAAAAAAUUACUCAAUUUCUGCUGUGCAUCGUGUGGUAUAUGAAUGUGUUAUUAUUAAAAUUUUAGUCACAAUUUAAUAAUAAUUAAUUAAUACAUUUUGUAACUUUGACUGAAAUACAUUGGUGCUUCUGAA